AUGGCUGCAACGUCCGCACCACCAACGCAAUGCAAAUGCGGAUACCCUGAAAAUCAGAGUGAAUUGGCGCUGCAAAAUUACCACCAACAGUGCAGAGUGACAGAAAUGAUUCUGUAUCACAACCUAAAUCCACUGGAGGCCCAAUAUCCGAACCUCUCGCUGCCCGGCUACGACACGUAUACGCGACCGUCAAUCCCGCAUCGCCAACGAACGCCGAACGGUCCGGCCGGCAAAGAGCCGCCGCAGAGCGUCAAUUACAGGGGCAACGCGGCUGUCCUAGCGGCUGCCCUCAUCCCGCACGACGAGCUCGACCUCCAGCGCUGGUGCACCCAACUGCAAGAGGUCGUGAGCGUGGCCCUCCAACUCCCCCAAUGUAAGGUCGUGGUGGUGUACAUAUACGAUCGACCGUCGAUCCGCAACAGCGUCACCAUUGACUGGUCCUGGGUCGAAGACCUGCGGAAAAUGCACCCCGAUGCCUUCGUCGUCAUCGGCGGCGACUUCAACACACGCCACACGUGCCUGGGAUCGAGGACCGACACAUACCACGGUUCGAACCUCGUUUGCGCAAUGGAGGACAACCACCUUAGCCUGCUCAACGAUCCGGACUUACCAACUCGAGUUGGCCAGCACGCCUUCCAGGGCGACACCACAACCGACCUCACAUGGACGAACCGGCGGCGGGCCCUCUUCUGGGAGCUAGGAGCAGACACGUGGGGGAGCGACCACCUGCCCAUCUUCAUUCGUUUGCGCAGCAGCAAGAUAACGGCGCCGAAACGAAGUACGAGCGUCGUCUGCUGGGACGCCUUCCGCGCAGAGCUGGAGCAAACACCCGUCACCACAUCAGGCGGUGACCCGGAAACGCACGGACUGGACCACCUCCUGGUCCAAGCGCACGAACUGACCCAAGACCCGAUUACUCCUAACUAUUGA